AUGCCCGAGAGCAGUGAACCGGGUCCGAGCAACCAAGUAGCGGAACCAGAAGCAGAGCCAUUCGUGCCAACACCCAAGGUGACGGGCUCAGACUACUACAUCCAGCCCAGCCCGGAGGAGAUCCGAGAGCGUCACCUUUCCACGCCGGGAGGAUACUGCCACCGAGUUGACAACUUUGUAGUCGGGCGCAAGCAGCACGGGGAGAUCCGCUUCAUCGGCCGGACAGAUGUGCGAGAGCUGGACGUGUGCGACGCUGUCCAGUUCGACAAGAACCAGGUGAUUGUCUACAUGGACGAGAGCAAAAAGCCUGGCGUGGGUGACGGGCUCAAUAAACCAGCUGAAGUUACUCUGUUUAACAUCCGCUGGAACGACAAUCUAGACGGCCAAGAACAGCAAGAGCAGCAGCAGCAGCAGCAGUUCGAGAUGAUGCUCAGGGAUGAAUCCGAGAGAUUCAUCGAGGACAACAAAAAUUAG